AUGGUUCACAACUAUUUUGUACCGGGAAGGCGGGGUCAAAGAGGCAGAGCCGAGCAAAAACAGGAGGAGUAUCUGGGCCAUCUGGAGCAUCAGAGUCUGGAUCCAUCUGAGGCCAGUGGAGGCAAGGACUCUGGGUUCAGUGAAAACUAUGCCAGGGUGACAGAGGAGAGGGAAUACUUUUCCUCCACUACCAGGUCUGAGACUGAGUCCAGAGCUCAAACAGGGUCCACAAGAGCCACUUCAAGAAGCACCAAACAAAAGCCCAUCCAAAAGCCAACUUCCAACAGGCACCAAGAAGACCAGGAUGAAGAAUCACAAGGUUCCUUAUCUGAAGCAGAGUCCUACAACAAUGAGGAUGAUGCUGAUGAUGUUGAAGAACACCCAGCACAGAUGCCUUCAAAGCAAAAACAACAACAACGACCCAAAGUUCCUGUUAGUAAUAGUUCCAAACCCACAAAGUCCCAAGCACAGAAACCCACUAAAAGUGUUUCCAAGCCCAGCAAUAAAACCCAGGCCAAACCCAGCAAUUCUUCUUCAUCAAAAACUCAAAAACCUGCUUCAAAUGCUGCCAAAAAUAAAUCAGUCUCUCUCAAUGGAUCUUCCAAAAACGCUUCUAAAACUAACUCAUCCAAGAAACCAAGGAGCAAAUCUGAACCAAAAACAGGCUCCAAAUCAAAGGCAAAACAGAAAUCAAAAAUGUCCAGUGAGGAACUCAAUGUCUCAGAAGAUGAAGUACAUCAUGAAGAAGAGCAGGAAGAAGAAGAACAUGAACAAGAAGCAUCAACACAUUCCCAAAACACCAAACCUUCACAGUCUUCAAAAAAGCCUUCAAAUAUUAAAAAGCAAAAACAAAAGGACACUAAAAAACCUGCUCCCAAAAAUAUCAAGAAACCUCCUCCAGUAAAAUCAUCACUGAAAAAGAAAAACUUCCCUCCUGCUGUGGAACCCCAGGAAGAGGAACAAGAUGAAGAAGAAGAAGAACCAGAAGAAGAAGAAGAAGAAGAAGAGGAGGACGAAAGUUUCGAGGACCCAGAAGAUCUUUCUUACAACUUAAAAAUAUCAAAAAAACAAAAUCAACAGGAGAGAAGGGAUCCUUCUCAGCAUCAAACGAUCCCAAAAACCUCAAAGAAACAUAAUCAAACCCAGGAAAAAGUCUCCAAUCAAAAGAAACCCUCAACUAAAAAAGACUCGGAGCAAAGUAAGAAAGUCACCAAGGAAAAAUCUUCUUCCCAAAAAUCCCUCUCAAAACCUAAGACAGGGGGUCAAAAGGAUCCCAAAGAGCCAAAGAAACCUCAGAAAAAAUCCAGCAGCCAAGAAAGACACAGAGCAGAAAAAGAAAAAUACGCAGAAAGGGAGGACGAAGAAGAAGAAGAAGAAGAGGACGAAAACUACGUAGAAGAAGACGAAGAGGAUCAGGAAGAGGAACCAGAAGAACCCAUCCCAGCAGCACCCCAUCACGCGAAUCCCAAAACCCGUCAAAAUAAACGGGAUCCCGAAAAACAAAGAUCCUCCAUCAGAAGCAAUUCCCAUCAAAAAGCCAGAGACAACAGCACACCCGACGACUUCCCAGAUCAAGACGACAACAAAGAAUCCCAAGACGAAGAAGAAGAACCGGAAGAAGAAGAAGAAGAACCCAAGCAAUCAAAACCCGCUGGAAAGUCGAAACCCACGGGCCAGAAACCCGGUCAAACUUCGAACCCCAAAUUAACUUCCCUCCUGCUGUGGAACCCCAGGAAGAGGAACAAGAUGAAGAAGAAGAAGAACCAGAAGAAGAAGAAGAAGAAGAAGAGGAGGACGAAAGUUUCGAGGACCCAGAAGAUCUUUCUUACAACUCAAAAAUAUCAAAAAAACAAAAUCAACAGGAGACAAGGGAUCCUUCUCAGCAUCAAACAAUCCCAAAAACCUCAAAGAAACAUAAUCAAACCCAGGAAAAAUCCUCCAAUCAAAAGAAACCCACAACUAAAAAAGACUCGGAGCAAAACAGGGGGUCAAAAGGAUCCCAAAGAGUCAAAGAAACCUCAGAAAAAAUCCAGCAGCCAAGAAAGACACAGAGCAGAAAAAGAAAAAUACGCAGAAAGGGAGGACGAAGAAGAAGAAGAAGAAGAGGACGAAAACUACGUAGAAGAAGACGAUCAGGAAGAGGAACCAGAAGAACCCAUCCCAGCAGCACCCCAUCACGCGAAUCCCAAAACCCGUCAAAAUAAACGGGAUACCGAAAAACAAAGAUCCUCCAUCAGAAGCAAUUCCCAUCAAAAAGCCAGAGACAACAGCACAGCCGAUGACUUCCCAGAUCAAGAUGAUCUGUUGUUUCUUAGGGUUCUGCUUCUUCUUCUUGGCCUUCUUCUUCUUCUUCUUGGCUUGGGGUUUACGCAGAAAAAGCCUGCCAAUAAGCAGGGAUCCACGUCGGGGGCGACGAAGCAAAAAAAGACUGCGUCGAAAACCAGUGUUGCCAGCAGCAACAGGACCCAGCAGGCCACAACAUCCCGGCUUCAACAACAACAACAACACCAGAGUUGGAAUGAUAACGAAACGAACGGCUUGAAAUGCGACGAAGAAGAGGACGAAGACGCGGAAGAAGAAUACGAAGAAGAAGAAGAAGAACACGUAGAACGAGAGACAGCAAAUAAGAAACUUGCUCAACACGAUAGGAGCACCACUCGAGUAGCCAAAAGACCGCGGGUGUCAAGCGCGAAAAAGCCUUGGAAGCCGAAACGCGCCGUAGGAUCCAAAAGGCCAACUGCAAACAAUAAGUCCUCAUCGAAAGACGUUACUGAAGCAUCAACGGUCGGAGGACCCGUAGUGAUGCCAAUAACCCCUUCGUCGUCCCAACAAGUCACACAAGCCAUAGUGCACCAAGAACAGAUCAACACCAGCUCUGAAACAGAGCCACAACAAACGGAACACCAUCCAGAACAAGAACGACCACCACAGCAAAGGCAUAAUCGUCAAGAUGACCAACUCGAAGAGCACCCGAGCGAAGCUCAAAUUCAUGAUCCGUCGCAGACGGAGCCUCGAAAGCAAUUCGUAGCCAUGAGCAAUUCGCUUAGCGGCAGUACAGAUACGCUCCACACGUUAGAUGCGUCUGGGACAACGACUCGCGUGCGCGUUGUCACAGAGCCCAACGGUGCUGAGACAAAGAGCUCGGUUGACUUCAUGCCUGGGCCCGUUGCAGCGGGUAUGGACGUGGACAUGGCGCCUGGGGCGGCCAGCAAAGCCCAGCGACUCUCGCCAGGCGUGACAUCUACCACCAAGAAGCUCAAUAAAACCAACAAGUCCCCAGCAGCCAAUAAAGGAAAAAAACCCGCCAAAAGUAGCACUAUUCCCGUAGUCGGGAAACACGAUGAAAAUGUGAUGGUCAAAAAUGGGAAAAUCUUGGAUCCCGACGACCCCAUUGUUAUCCGGAACAAAGUCCGCAAAGCUAAUGCAAGAUAUGAGCUGGAAAGAAAAAUCUUCACAGAGCUGUUGGAGCUGAAACGGCUGCAAGUCAAAGCAGGGAAGGCCAAUGAACAAGUACUGGUUAAACGUUUGGUGGAUGCAUAUCAAAAGGAAGGACUUCUUGGAGUCAAGUCCUAUGAUGGCCCAUAUGCCUUUGCUCCAUUUGAAAAGCAUUUGUAUGGUCAGUGCCCAUAA